ACAAGAUGAUUCCUUCAGCCAAUCUUACUAUGGUUACUGAGUUCCUGUUGCUGGGCUUCUCUAACCUCCAGGAAAAGCAGCUUAUGCUUUUCCCAGUGUUCCUCUGCCUCUAUCUGCUCAUUCUAAGUGGGAACAUAACCACAGUGACUGCUAUCCGCCUGGAACACAGGCUCCACACCCCAAUGUAUUACUUCCUGAGUGUCCUUUCUCUCUCUGAGACUUGCUAUACCUUUGACAUCCUGCCCAAGAUGCUCCUCAACCUCCUCUCUGUGCUGAGGACCAUCUCCUUCAUUGGUUGUGCUGUCCAGAUGUUCUUCUUUGUUGGCUUUGCUGUCAACAACUGCCUAUUGCUUAUGGUGAUGGGUUAUGACCGCUAUGUUGCUAUUUGCCACCCUCUGCGCUACCCAAUCCUCAUGAGCUGGCGUGUAUGUGGGCAGCUGACAGUCUCUUGUGGAAUUGCAGGUGUCAUUAUUGCACUAAUUAUGAUUAACAUGGUCUUUAGUCUCCCCUUUUGCAAUUCCAACAAAGUCAACCACUACUUCUGUGACAUCUCACCUGUCAUUCGGCUUGCCUGCACAGACUCAGAGACCCGUGAGUUUGUGAAUUUCAUCUGUGGAGUCCUUGUGCUCGUGGUCCCCUUCUCCUUCAUCUGCAUUUCUUACCUCUACAUCCUGAGAACUAUCCUGAAAAUCCCCUCAACUGAGGGGAAGAAGAAGGCUUUUUCUACCUGUGCUUCUCAUCUUACUGUGGUCCUCAUCCACUAUGGUUGUGCCUCCUUCAUCUACCUGAGACCCACAGCCAGCUACAUCUCUGACAAGGACUUGUUGGUUACACUGACAUAUACUAUCCUCACACCUCUGUUGAAUCCCAUAGUGUAUAGCCUAAGGAAUAAGGAUGUACAACUAGCCAUCAGGAAAGUGUUAUCCAGGAAAUUUUGCUGAAAUUGGCUCAAAUUGAUAGGCCCCUUUGAUAUUU